GUCGACGGGUAGCCACGCUUGGAAGUGUGACCGCAGUUGUCAGCUCGUCCGCAGAGGCGUCGCGAUGGUGCCCCGGGCGCGCGCUGUCCCGGCGGUGCUGCUGCUGUUCGCGGCGCAGGUGACCAUGGCAACCGGGGAGACCCCGUGUAACCCGGGCGAGUAUGAGGUUACCAGCCUUUUCCGCUGCAGCAAAUUCUGCCCGGCUGGCUACUACGUCAGCCAAUACAUAGACCAGGACCACAGCAUCGGAGAAUGCAGGGAGUGCGAGUCGGGAACCUUCCGGGCCCACCCCAGUGAGGAGAGCAGCUGCGUGCCGUGUUCCCAGUGCCGGGAGGCAGAUCAGGAGGUGGUGACUGAAUGCUUCCCAACCAGCGACCAGCUAUGCCAGUGCAAGCAGGGCUACUUCUACUGCGACUCCAAGGACUGCACGGAGAGCUGCUUCCGGUGCAAAAGGUAUGAUCAUGAGCUCCGCUGUGGCCCGCAGGUCAUAUGGCAGGCCUGGCGCCCCCAGCCAUGGUGGAGACCAUCCCAACACCUAUACAGUCACAAGCCCAUGAGGGACAGAGGGGAUGCUAGAGACAGGUCUCCAGAGCAGAGGCCCCGUGAGGGAGGGAGGGAGGAAGCUCCAGGCAAAGAAAACCACAGGCAGAGAGGACGGCAGUACCACGCCCUGAGGUGUGAAGACAGCACCAUCCUUCAACCCUGCAACGCCACAAGGGAUACAGUUUGCACUGUAAAAAUUCAUCCAGAGGCUGGAAACCUAACGUUGUCGUGGAUCCUCCUUGCUGUGACUGUGGUCCUUCCCAUCGCCACGGCCAUCAUCACCGCCACCUUUCGCCACCAUAGAGGAAGAGCUGCGUGGUUUUUCCAGUCGGUUGUCGGUUUUGGGAAACAAAAUCCGAAGGAGCCAGGCAGCCCUUCACCUAGCAGCAGCCAGCCCAAGGAGAUGCAGAUGCCCAUAGACCUUGAGAGGGGCCAACCAGCCCCUGGUGUGGAGACCGGGCCGCUGUCGGAGGUGGAGGACUCAGCCCUGGCGCCCGAGGCCAGGACCCGCCCGGGGCUCUCCAGGGACGCUGGGGAAAUCUUUGAGCUACAGGAGCUGGGGGCCGAAGGAAGUCCAGCAGCCCCAGAGCAGACACUACAGCAGACUCAAGCUCCCGAGGCCCCCAGGCCCCCAGGCCAAGCAGAGGUGUCCCCUUCCCUCCACAGCCUGGAGCAGCUCACAGGAAGACAAUCUGACCCUGCCCACCUGUGAAUGGCUGCAAGAAAGAAGAAAUUAAUGCAUCCACUCCUCAAGGAUGGUCAUUCCAGGAGAUGAUUUGCAAGACUGAUGGUCCACUUUACUUCCCCGCCGCCUCUCCGUCUCUAUUCUGCCUUUUUACUUUACUUCCCUGUCUGAUUCUAUAAAAGAAACUGGAAUCCAGACCCCGAUAAGGUGGUUAUUUUGAGACAUAAGUCUGCCAUCUUCUCGGUCUGCCGGCUUUCCGAAUAAAGUCGUAUUCCUUGUCUCAA